AACGCAUUAACGCCGGAACUUGUUUAGCAUCAUAUCGUGAUCACGAGCGUGUAGCUGGCCGUCGAUCAAACCUUUGUUUUCCCGGGAGUGAGGAGUGACUAGCGCUUUCACUCCCAAACAGUAAAGGGGCGAACCGAACAAGGUUGUCAUUUUCGUUUGUCAUCAAUCUAUGUUAGGACCUCUGACAUAUGAAAUGGUGAUACAGUCGAGCAAAUACGAAGUGGUGAACACAAUGCUGAGUUCAUUCGAGAGUCGCAUGUCGCUGGUGAUCCGACGGCUGACAGAUGCAGACUUGGGCGGCUAUCGAUGCAUUGCUAAGAACUCACUUGGCGAAGUCGAUGGCAGCAUACGUGUCUAUGGAAUAGCUCAACAACUUAUUAAAAAUACCAGCCCGUCGAGCCGAAACGAGGACUUUUCUUCACCAAUGGAGGGACCUGAUAACCAGUUUGGUUCAGCUGAGAGAAGUGAUGAUGAAGACGACCGCGAAUCGGUCACUGAAUAUUCAGAUAAAGUACAGAUAACGACUCACAAUUCCUCUCCCAAGAACAAAAGCUUCUAUUCAACGAAUAAUUUAGAAAAACAAAAUGUCAAUAAUAAAGUUCAGAAAGUCAACAAUUUAGAAGCGUUUAACAAUGCUUGCAAUUUGAAAUCGAUCACUUAUUAUUUAUUUUUAUUUAUUUUUUAUUUGUAAAGUAAGUACAUAUUGAAGUUAAAAUAUUGAAAUAUUUUUUCAAACUCUGCGUAGCUAAAACGUAUAUAAACGCUUUAAAAAUAAAGAAAAUAUGUAGUAGGUGAUAAAGUGAUUAUUUUUUAUUUUAUAUAAAUAACCACAUAAACCAGUUAAUUCUGUUAUUUAAAUAUUGUUUUGGAGACAGUUAAAGUUGCAAUUACAAAAUGUUAAUGCCAUAGCCUUAAAAUGACUUUGAAAAGCAAAGUAUAAAUUAGUUAUAAUAUAUAACAUAGAUAAACAAAUUGAAAAAAUGUAAUCAUAAUAUGAUGGUGAAUAAUUUAUGAAUUAAAUAUCAUUGUUAUUAAGAAAAGACAAACUGUAAAAGAACGUUAGCCGCAAUGCCUUGACAUACAUCGACACGUUCUGUUUUAGUAACAUAAUUUUAUCACUUCACCAAUAAAGUAAAAACUUUAAACAGAAUACUCUAAAAAUCUGAACAAAUAUUAUAACACUUCCACAAAAAUCUGUGAACCUAAUAAUAAUAUACCGAGUAAAAAGAGAAACUAUAGUAGUUAGUAAAUUGAGCAUGUUAUUAAAUUUACUCAAUAUUCGAAUAUGAUAUUUAACUAAAUGUAAUAAUAUUUAUAUUGAUGUUAAAUAUUAGCGUAAAUGUAAAUAUGUUUGAUACAUAAUACUGUGAUAUAAGUUUACUAUGUCAAUAAUGUUUUUUUUAUUUAGUAUAUUAAGUGAAAAUGUUGCCCGAACACCCUAAUAAUUAAUUAUUUACAAAUUAUUUAUUUCCUUGGUAAGUAAACCAAAAAUGUAAUAAAGGAUAAUAUUAAUAGUUAUAUAAAUUAUGUUUUGUAAAUAUAAUAGUAUUGCUACACGUUUAAACCAUUAUUAUUCGAAUGUUUAUAUACUUUAGCUAAAUUAACCAUGUCCUAUUGCUUUUCUUAGUGGAUAUAUUACCUACAAAUUAGUGUAAAUUGUAUUUGUGUUGUAUAUAUA